AUGGAUGAAAAUGACAAACAAGAAAAAAUCAAUAUUCUAUUAGAUAAUCCACCUAAACAACCAUAUCAACGAAAAUUUAUUGAAAAUUUAUCAACUAUGAAUCGUUUAUAUAAUUUUCUCUACAAUGAAUUGACAAAUGAUAAACUAUGGGAUGAUCCAACACAUUUAUUACCCGAACAUUAUUUAAUGAAACAUUUUUAUAAAGAAUUAGAAGUAUUAUUCACAAAUAUAUUACAAAUACCAUUGAAACCAAAUGUAAAGUCUUA